UGUAAAAAUGCCAUGUGAAAAACAUUACUCAGUGUUGAGAAUAGAUAUUGUAAAUUAACUGUAUGACUAGUACAAGGUGUAGCUGAUAGCAAUGUCUUUUGAUAAGCUUUCUCACUCAUCAGUGGUGAGGUACCUAGGCCAGAUACAGGAAUUUCAGAGUUGUGCUUUCUUCAAAGAAGCUCUCUAAGCAGCAUUCCUACGGUGCUAUGUUCAGAGCUUUAAAAUUGCCAGAUUUUCUUAGUUUUAGAGAUACACAAUGUAAUAAGUGCUACAAAUAAAUUCCCAUUUCAGGCUGAAAAAUGCUUCUCCAGAAGACGUGGAAUAUUAUAACUGCCAGCAGGAACUUACAGAUGAUCUACAUAAACAGUAUCAAAUAGUGGAAAGGAUAAUUGCUCAUUCAAAUCAGAAAUCAGAAGCUGGUUAUCCAGAUUACUAUUGCAAAUGGCAGGGUCUGCCUUACUCAGAAUGUAGCUGGGAAGAUGGUGCUCUCAUUGCCAAAAAAUUUCAGAUGUGUAUUGAUGAGUAUUUUAGCAGAAAUCUAUCCAAGACUACUCCAUUUAAGGACUUCAAGAUUCUAAAACAGAGGCCAAGGUUUGCUGCACUAAAGAAGCAACCAUCUUAUAUUGGAGGACAUGAGAGUUUAGAGUUAAGAGAUUAUCAGUUAAAUGGACUAAACUGGCUUGCUCAUUCAUGGUGCAAAGGGAAUAGUUGUAUUCUUGCAGAUGAAAUGGGUCUGGGUAAAACAGUACAAACAAUUUCUUUUCUGAACUACCUGUUUCACGAACACCAACUGUAUGGGCCUUUCUUGCUAGUCGUGCCACUUUCUACCUUGACAUCUUGGCAAAGAGAGAUUCAAACUUGGGCUCCUCAGAUGAAUGCUGUUGUUUACUUAGGAGAUAUAAUUAGCAGAAAUAUGAUAAGAACUCAUGAAUGGAUGCAUCCACAGACAAAACGAUUAAAAUUUAAUAUACUUCUAACAACUUAUGAAAUUUUGCUGAAGGAUAAGUCAUUCCUUGGUGGUCUGAAUUGGGUAUUUAUAGGAGUUGACGAAGCUCAUCGUUUAAAAAAUGAUGAUUCCCUUCUGUAUAAGACUUUAAUAGACUUUAAGUCUAAUCAUCGUCUUCUUAUUACUGGAACCCCUCUACAAAACUCCCUCAGAGAGCUUUGGUCUUUGCUGCACUUCAUCAUGCCAGAAAAGUUUUCUUCCUGGGAAGAUUUUGAAGAGGAGCAUGGCAAAGGGAGAGAGUUUGGUUAUGCAAGUCUUCACAGAGAACUUGAACCAUUUCUACUCAGAAGAGUUAAAAAAGAUGUAGAAAAAUCUUUACCUGCCAAGGUUGAACAGAUUUUGAGGGUGGAAAUGAGUGCAUUACAGAAGCAAUAUUACAAGUGGAUUUUAACCAGGAAUUAUAAAGCCCUGAGUAAAGGUUCAAAAGGCAGUACCUCAGGAUUUUUGAACAUCAUGAUGGAACUCAAGAAGUGUUGUAACCAUUGCUACCUCAUUAAAACACCUGAUGAUAAUGAAUUCUGUAAUAAACAGGAGGCCUUACAGCAUUUAAUACGUAGCAGUGGGAAACUAAUCCUUCUUGACAAGCUACUGAUUCGUCUACGAGAACGUGGCAACAGAGUACUGAUUUUCUCUCAGAUGGUGAGAAUGCUAGACAUCCUAGCAGAGUAUUUGAAGUAUCGUCAGUUUCCCUUUCAGAGACUCGACGGAUCAAUAAAAGGAGAACUGAGGAAACAAGCCCUGGAUCAUUUUAAUGCAGAAGGAUCAGAGGACUUCUGCUUUUUGCUGUCUACCAGAGCUGGAGGAUUAGGUAUAAAUUUGGCAUCUGCUGACACUGUAGUAAUAUUUGAUUCUGACUGGAAUCCACAGAAUGAUCUGCAAGCACAGGCUAGAGCUCAUAGGAUUGGACAGAAGAAGCAGGUUAAUAUUUAUCGGCUAGUCACAAAAGGAUCAGUAGAAGAAGAUAUUCUUGAAAGAGCCAAGAAAAAGAUGGUGUUAGAUCACUUAGUAAUUCAGAGAAUGGACACUACAGGGAAAACUGUACUACAUACAGGCUCUACUCCUUCCAGCUCAACACCUUUUAAUAAGGAAGAAUUAUCAGCAAUUUUGAAGUUCGGUGCUGAGGAACUUUUUAAAGAACCUGAAGGGGAAGAAGAGGAGCCUCAGGAAAUGGAUAUAGAUGAAAUCCUGAAGAGGGCUGAAACUCGAGAAAAUGAGCCAGGCCCAAUAACUGUAGGAGAUGAAUUGCUUUCACAGUUCAAGGUUGCUAACUUUUCCAAUAUGGAUGAAGAUGACAUUGAGUUGGAACCAGAACAAAAUUUAAGAAACUGGGAAGAAAUCAUUCCAGAAGUCCAGCGACGACGAAUAGAAGAGGAGGAAAGACAAAAAGAGCUCGAAGAAAUAUAUAUGCUCCCAAGGAUGAGAAACUGUGCAAAGCAGAUCAGCUUUAAUGGAAGUGAAAGGAGACACAGUAGGAGCAGAAGAUAUUCCGGAUCUGAUAGUGACUCCAUCUCAGAAAGAAAACGACCAAGGAAACGUGGACGACCACGAACUAUUCCUCGUGAAAAUAUUAAAGGAUUUAGCGAUGCAGAAAUUAGGCGAUUUAUCAAGAGUUACAAAAAAUUUGGUGGCCCACUUGAAAGGUUAGAUGCUAUAGCUAGAGAUGCUGAGCUAGUUGAUAAAUCUGAGAUGGACCUUAGACGGCUGGGAGAACUUUUGCAUAAUGGAUGCAUUAAGGCUUUAAAUGACAAUUCCUUUGGACAGGAAAGAGCAGUGGGUAGACUUGGGAAAGUUAAAGGCCCAACAUUCCGAAUAUCGGGAGUGCAGGUGAACGCAAAGCUAGUCAUCUCUCAUGAAGAAGAGUUGGCACCAUUGCACAAAUCCAUUCCUUCAGAUCCAGAAGAAAGAAAAAGAUAUGUCAUCCCAUGCCACACUAAGGCAGCUCAUUUUGAUAUAGAUUGGUGUAAGGAAGAUGAUUCCAAUCUGUUAAUAGGUAUCUAUGAAUAUGGCUAUGGCAGCUGGGAAAUGAUAAAAAUGGACCCUGAUCUCAGUUUGACACAGAAGAUUUUACCUGAUGAUCCAGAGAAGAAACCCCAAGCCAAGCAGUUACAGACCCGUGCAGAUUACCUCAUUAAAUUGCUGAAUAAAGACCUUGCAAGAAAAGAAGCACAAAGACUUACUGGUGUAGGCAAUUUAAAGAGGAGGAAAACAAGAACUAAGAAGAACAGAGCAACAAAGGCUGCAAAAAUUAAGGAAGAAAUAAAAAGUGACUCUUCAUCACCACCCUCAGAAAAAUCUGAUGAAGAUAACGAGAAUGAGAUUGUUACAGUGAAGCAUCCACAUAAAAUUAAAAGCAGAAGAGAAAAUGAAAAGCCUGAGCCAGAUAUUGGUAUAAAAAAGGAAGCUGAAGAAAAAAGAGAGACAAAGGAAAAAGAAAAUAAGAGGGAUUUGAAAAGGGAGAAAAAAGAAAAAGAGGAUAAGAAAGAAUUAAAAAAUAUUAAAGAAAAGAGAGAAAACAAAUUAAAAGAAUCCACACUGAAAGAAAAAGAAGCAAAGGAAGUAAAGGUAAAUGAAAUCAAGUCUGAAAAUAAAGAAAAAAAUAAAAAGGUUUCAUUGUUGGGUAUUCCAGUUCAUAUUACUGCAACUAGUGAACCAGUUCCUAUAUCUGAAGAAUCUGAAGAACUGGAUCAGAAGACAUUUAGUGUGUGCAAAGAAAGAAUGAGGCCUGUCAAAGCAGCAUUGAAGCAACUGGAUAGACCAGAGAAAGGCCUUUCUGAAAGGGAACAGCUUGAGCAUACUAGACAGUGCCUAAUAAAAAUUGGGGACCACAUUACUGAAUGUCUAAAGGAGUACACAAAUCCUGAACAAAUUAAACAAUGGAGGAAAAACUUGUGGAUUUUUGUCUCUAAGUUUACAGAAUUUGAUGCCAGAAAGCUGCACAAGCUGUAUAAACAUGCAAUCAAAAAACGUCAAGAAUCUCGGCAACACAGUGACCAGAAUAUUAGCAGCAAUGUGAGUACAUGUCUAAUUAGAAAUCCAGGUGUUGAAAGACUGAAAGAAAAUACAAACCAUGAUGACAGCAGCAGGGACAGUUAUUCUUCUGAUAGACCUUUGCCACAAUACCAUGAUCAUCAUAAGGACAGGCAUCAGCAAGAUGCUCAUAAGAAAAGUGACUCUAGGAAAAGGUCCUAUUCAUCCUUCAGCAAUGGAAAAGACCACAGAGACUGGGAUCACUAUAAACAAGACAGCAGAUACUAUAGUGAUAGUAAGCAUAGAAAGUUGGAUGACCACAGGAGCAGAGAUCACAGGUCAAACCUGGAAGGAAAUUUAAAAGACAGUCGGCCUCAUUCAGAUCACCGUUCCCAUUCAGACCACAGGAUACUUUCAGAUCACCGUUCCACUUCAGAGUACAGCCAUCAUAAAUUUUCCAGAGAUUAUAGGUACCACUUAGACUGGCAAAUGGACCACAGAGCUUCUGGUAGUGGCCCAAAGUCACCAUUAGGUCAGAGGUCUCCUUAUGGUUCAAGGUCUCCUUUAGGACACAGAUCUCCAUUUGAGCACUCGUCAGAUCAUAAAAGUACACCUGAACAUACAUGGAGUAGCCAGAGAACUUAACAAAGACUGCCAUUUUUUUGAUCUUCUUUUAGCCAUAUGCAAUAAGAUACACAGUGACAUGAAAGCCUUACAUGACUUGAAAGACAUGGGCUGGAUAUUCUGUCAGUAGCAGUAUUGUCACUUCUUUCCAGAAUGCAUUAUCUAUUAUCCCAACAAUUGAAAAAUAUUUUUGUAUUUAAAGUUUAUGCUGCACAUGUGGCACUUCUUUUCCUUUUUCUUUUCCCCUCUUUAAGAAAUGGAAAAUGUUUACUUUUACUGGGACCUCAACACUGCCCCAUUCAGACUGGAUCUUAUAAGACUGUUUUUAGGCUGAGCACAUUUCAAUUUAUGUUUUUAAAUGAAUUUUUAAACACUGACCUGUAGUCAUAUUUCAGGAAAGAAUUAAGAGUUUGUUUCGUUUUCUUAGUAAAGAGUUCUCAAGGACUUCAUCUUACUUUCCAAAGCUAUUUCUUUACGUUGUACACUGCAACCACGUUGCCGCUUUUCAUCACAAGCUUGAAUAUUUAACUCCUGUACCUAUAGCUGUAAAAUACCCAGGAUUUCUCCUGUUUGUGAUCAGUUGUAAUAACGCCUUUUUACAAAACAAAAUAAAUGGCUGAAAAUUAUUGCAAACUAA